CCCUUUUUUCUAAUCUUCAGUUUUCUUACAAGUAAGAAGAUUAACUGCAAAGAUGUCGAAUCAAUUCAAGCCGACAACGUGGGCGUCGGUCCAUAAUGCCACUUUACCUGCUGAAGGUGCUGGUAAUCAGACCUUUGACAAUCGUAUUUUGAUCGCUUCAGUUAUCGGUGUUCCUGCUGUUAUCAGUUACAAGUUGGGUCUGCCAUUCUGGCUCUUUGUCAUUUUAACUAUUAUUCUCUUCUUACCCAUCCUCGCUGUGAACCUGUAUUUGUUCUCUGCUUUUGCCCCUCGUUAUCGUAACCACAUUCCUCUUCCCAACAAGCCCAUCGAGCACUAUCUCACAUUUCAUGAUGCUGAAUUGAAAGCCAAAUACCACGGUCGCAACAAGAUUCCUAUGGAAACUUUCUUCGAGGCUUACUUUGUUGGUAAGGUUGACUUCAACGGCGAUCCUCUUGAAAUCAUGGAGUUGCGACACGAUUGGGCUUCUUUCCGUUUUACUUACGGUCAAUUCAAGUUCUUCCUCACUGAAUGGCUCCCAGAAACCUUCUGGCAUUCUCGCGACCAAGAUGAGAACCAAGUACGUGACCAUUACGACAGAGGCAAUGAUUUUUAUGAAGCUUUCUUGGGUCCAUUGAUGGUCUAUACUUCCGGUAUCAUGAAAGAUCCUACUAAAAAGGAAUCUUUAGAAGAAAUGCAAGAAAAUAAGAUGAAGUUGAUUUGUGAGAAGAUACAUUUGAAGGAAGGAGAAAAGCAUUUGGAUAUUGGUUGUGGUUGGGGUACUCUUGCUGCUUAUGCCGCUAAGAACUAUGGUUCUCAGUCAACAGGCGUUACAUUGGCAAAGAACCAAGUAGCCUUUGGUGAAAAGCGCAUCGAAGAAUGGGGAGUGAAGGAUAAAGCUGAGUUGCUCUGCAUGGAUUAUAGAGAUAUUCCUAAGAAUGUUAAAUAUGAUAAAAUUACUGCCGUUGAAAUGGCUGAGCACGUCGGUCUCAAGCGCUUCCAACAGUUCCUCGUUGAUAUUCGUGAGCGUCUUGACGAUGAUGGUCUAUUCUACAUGCAAGUUGCUGGUUUAAGAGCAAGCUGGCAAUACGAAGAUUUUAUUUGGGGUCUUUUUAUGGGUCGAUACAUUUUCCGUGGUGCUGAUGCCUCAACUCCUCUCUAUUGGUAUAUCAAACAACUAGAAACUGCUGGUUUUGAAAUUCAUAAUGUAGAUACUGUUGGUGUUCAUUAUUCUGCUACUCUUUUCAGAUGGUAUGAGAACUGGAUGAAGAAUAAGGAGGCCAUGAAAGCCAAGUAUGGUGACAAAAUAGUUCGUAUUUGGGAAAUCUUCCUUUCUUGGUCUGUCAUUAUUUCUCGUCAAGGUAGUGCUACAUGUUUCCAGAUUGUCGCCAACAAGAACCGUAACUCCUUUGAUCGUAGUACCUUGGUUUGCAACCGCACGAAUCCGUCCGCAUGGACAAGCAAACGUGGUUAAAAGGUCUAUCGAAUUGAGGUACACUAAAGCAUUUCCGUUUACAACAAAACAAAUGGAGAAAAUAUAUUAUAUGAUUCCACACAUUUAUAACCUUUGAAAAAGCCGACAUAGCAUGGCUCAAAAAAUCCAAUAAAAAAACUAUAUCCAUUCUACUGGUAAAACCAAC